AUACGUCAUUUCCGUUUAUUUCCCCCGCGAGGAACAAAUGUACGCAUUGUUUACAUGGUAGAUAUCUUUCAACAUGGAUGAGGUGAUAAUUAUCCUCAGUGAAGACGAGGACCCGUGUUGUGAUACCGCACUCAACGACUCCUCCGUCCUCUUCGUGGAAGUUAAGGAAAACGUUGUGCAAGAUAGACCAUUGUCUGCCCAGGCUUUGGAAGAAGACCUAGUAGUUACCUUCUCCAAACGGGCUGAAGUGUUGCCUCAUGCACGCUAUGAUUGUCCAUUAUAUCCCUUUACGCGUGCAGAAUAUGUGAAGAGCGGCCCAAUCGACAGCAACCACCAAUUCUGUGAACAGUGUUUCUGCUAUGUUUGUGAUAAACUAGCAUCGCUGUGUCCUUUGUGGUGUGUCAAUAAAGAGUGUCACUGUAACAGCCACCAGAGAAGCGGUACCUGGAGCAGACUCCGAAACUCUGCAGAUCUUGGACAUUUACUUGCAUUUGACUUCUCAUUGUCAGAUGUAGACAGUAAACUGCAGCUUGCUGAAAGGCUACUGGGGAGCUUCAGAAAGGAGCUUCAAGUAGAGUUCUCCUGUUUCGUCCGGGGAAAGAUGCUUUCGGAUAACAACAGUUUACGUCCUCACAUGAAUGGUCUGGUUCAUGAUUACACACCAGUGUACGGAUGUGUGACAUCUUUCCUGAACAAGGCAGAGAGACAGGAAGGAAAAGUUGCUGCCAUCAUGAGCUUGGGAGCAGCCAAGGACUUUUCUUCCCACUACCAACCUUCAGGGAUUGUGUUGUCAAAGUGUCCUAAAGCUAACGCCAUGGAAGCCAUAAGAAUACUCCUACAAAGAGUGAUGGUCUCUGUUCAGCGGCUGAUGGUGAUGUCUGAUUUACCAUCUGAUUUCAUCCACAAGCUGCAGCGCUUUGCCCUGUGCCUGAAUAUGCCUGUAACCGUAGGAAACACAAGGAACAGCCUAUGUGUGCGUCCUUGGGACGACGUGCUGCUGGUCUCGGUCCUCAAGGGGCAGAACGUGACGGGGAUCCGUAAGCAGAGGAGCAAGAAAGACAUCCUGGCGGAACCAAUCUCUGUGGUCCUCAUGAGGUCGGAGCUGCUACAGUCUCAAUGCAGGUACAGGGAGCUGUGCCGCUACCUUUGUGUGGUGAUCCAAACUGACAACUCCACGCUGUUCAAGGCGAUGCGGGACCUGGUGGCUCUGUUCAUGUGCAUGGAGGGGGACUUCUCCUUGGCUCUUUCCGAGGUGUCCAUCGCCGCCCCCCGCUUCUCCCCAGCGCUCUUCCGCCUCUACCUCCGCAUCUUCGAGACGGCGACGGCCCCCCGGGUCCACAUCAGCCCGCAGACACCGUUUGACCUCCCGGGGGCCGAGUGGGGACCCAUUCAAGGGGCCGUGCCCCUGAGACGUGGGGAGCUGGUCAAGUUUGCUCUGAGGGUUCAGAGAUGUUGUGCCGCAGUAAAUGCAGAUGCUCAAUGCUGGUCCGAUUUGCUCACCAUCGUUAACAACCCCCGGGAUUCACCAUCGGCUCUGCCAGAACCCGGCCCUGAAUUCCUAAAUGACGCUAAGACUCUUAGCCUGGAGAUACUGACUCAAGGGGUAGGAUUAUGGACCAGCAUACAGAUUCCCAAAUCCUUUAUAGAAGUGAACCCAGACCAUGCGCUGUUGCUAUUGGUUACUGCGGCUCUAAUGCUACGGAUUUUGAGUGGCCCCCUAAGUCCAAUGCUUCACGUUAUCCAGAACUUCAAGGAUAAUCCCUGGGUGCUCCAGUGGCUGCUUCAGAACCUCUCACUGUAUGACCAGGACUCCAACCUCAUCCAGAGCAUCCAACAGGAGCUGGGCAUCAUAGGCGACCAGGCCUCCCCUGUCCCGUUGGAACACCACUCGCCGCCUCGCCCCUCCACCUCACCGGUUGUUUGGGAUCACACAUACUGUGAGUCACUGUACCAAUCAACUGACCUAGCUGUAUCCUUGUGUGUAUCUGGUUGCCACACUGUCUCACGUCAUUGGUUAUGUUAUGCAUUGCUAACUGUGACUUUUCUUUUUGAGCAGGCAGUCCGGUCUCUGUCCAAACCGUGUGUCCCAAAGGUGCAGUCCCAGCCAUGAUUGUACCUACCUGAUCACCUGCGGUGAAACAAUGGAUCGUGGUCUACCCUCUCAAGUACCAGUGGCUGAGUGUACAGGUGCCUUGUGGAUUUGUCUGUAGUACAUAAGCAGUUGUUGAAAUCAACGGUCUGUACUGCCUCACCAUGUUCUUUACAUCCUUCUGGAACCCCUUGAAUGUCUUCAUAUCCUCCCACUGAGCAUAUCCAUGCUCUCACUGUUGCUGACAAUCCCUACAACACUUGACUGGAGAUUUGAACUCUGGUAUAGGAGAAAGUUGUCUCUGCAUGGAUUCAUGCUAGGAACACGGCCAACAUGGACACCAGGAUGUGAUGACGGCUUCAGAAGACUUUUGUGGCUUAUUUGAUUUGCAUUGGUGGUGUUUGAAGUGUAUUCAUAGUCUUCUUUUUCAAGUGUAACUUAACGUUAACGUCUCAUCUAUUUUCUAAAGCUGCCAUGUUGGUGGUGGUUAUGUUCAAACCAAUGCUGUGUUGCACCUGAGCUGUUAUAUAUUGAAAAAAAGGUAAUGGAGCAAUAUGGGUGAAAAACAUUUUAAAACAUUGCAGCUUUUUCUAUUGCAGAAUAAAAUGUGAAUUUAGUUUAUAAGAGGAA